CCCUCUUUUUUUCUUCAUCCCUCUUUCAAUCUUCUCACUCUUUUUUAUUUUUUCAUUAGAAUUGAAAUUAGGGUUUAUCAAUUCAAUUGUACAAUUUUGAAUCACAGUUUUUUUUUUAUUUUUUUCUCUCCACUUUCGCAUUAAGAUUAGGAUUAGGGUUUUUUCAGAUUCAUUCUAUUUCUAAAUUCGACAUGGACAACACGCGUAGAUCUUUCGAUCGAUCCAGACUUCCGGCCGCCAAGAAACCCAGGUUAACCGGAGAUCCCAACGGCGGUUCGAAGUUUCCUCACCGGCAAACGGGAUCAUCAUCUGCGUUUAAUGGCCGACACCCUGAUGGCGGCGGCGGCGGUGACGACGGCGAGUACCACCCUCAGCCGCUGCCGCAUCAAGAGCUUGUGGCUCAGUAUAAGACUGCUCUGGGUGAUCUCACUUCUAACCAUAAGCUGAUAAUUACUAAUUUGACUAUAAUUGCUGAAGAGAAUUUACCUGCUGCGAAGUCAAUUGCUGGGACUAUUUGUGAUCACAUUCUAGAGGUUCCAAUAGAACAGAAGCUACCAUCGCUUUAUCUCUUAGACAGUAUUGUUAAGAAUAUCGGGCGGGAUUAUAAAAGAUACUUCACUGCCAGGCUACCUGAGGUAUUCUGCAAGGCAUACAGACAGGUUGAUCCUUCUGUCCAGUCUAAUAUGAGACGUCUUUUUAGAACUUGGAAUGAAGUCUUUCCUCUUCAGACCCUUCUGAUAAUUGAGAAGGAACUUGGCUUCACUCGUAGCAUCCAUGUGAAUCCCGAGUAUUUCGAAAGGCAGCAUCUACAGCAAUCCAGCACGACUAAAGGAGGAGUUAAUGAUAUGGCUGGAGCUCUUUACUCAAAUGAGGAGUCAGAGAGGCCAGAUAGAGCUUUAGCUGCCAGACGGCCAUGGCGGGAUCCUAGGGUUAAUAUGCAUAAUAAUCAGCUAGUGCAUAGAGAUGCAUUUAAUGACUCUGAUCCUGAAAGGAGUAUUGGUGGACCCUUUGGAGGCAAUGAAUAUAGUUCAGGUAUUUCAAGUAAGUCAGGCUCAGGGGUUGGAAGAAAUGAAAAUAGGCUCAUUGGUGGUGUUGCAGAGACAUUAUCUAGUCAAAGAAAUGGAUUCAGUCUAAAGCAUAGUUUAUCGAAUCAUGAAGCACCGAAGUCCAUGAACAAAGAUGCACAUCAUCAGUCAACACAAGCGAUAACUGACUUACGUAGCAAUGUGAUGUCUGGUAACUGGAAAGAUUCUGAGGAAGAGGAGUUCAUGUGGGAUGAGAUGAACUCUGGUUUGACUGAUAAAGGACGCAAUGUCUCUAGCAACUUGAGGGCAGACCCCUGGAUGGCUGAUGAUGAAAAUCUGAAAGGUGAAGAUCACCUAUUCACAUCCAAAUCACACCCUUUUGGGGAAAAGGUUGAUAGAGAAAUAUCUACUGGUAAGAAACAACUACCUGCAUUUGGGGGCCAGUCAUCAUUAUCAUGGCAAUUGCAGAAGCCGUACUCAAGGGAUAAGUUGAAUCUGAAGCCAGGUCACUCUGAAGGAUCUGUUUCCACCCUUGGUGGCUUACCUGGAAAUAUAAAUUCGUCAGCUGUAAAGAUGAGGAAUCGGUCUUUUAUGCCGAAUGCAACGACAGGAGUGGCCAAAAGUAUGGGACAUCCGCAAUUUGAUUCUGGGGGAGCUGAAUCUCCUUCCGGACAGUCACCUUUGAGAACCCAGUCUCCAUCACUGUCUGUAAGCACACACCUCCCUCAUUCAGUGCGAAAUUUGGCUGAGCAAGAUUAUCCUCCGAUUCCUAAAACAUCUCAAUUUUUGGGAAGCCAAUAUAAUCCCUCCCCUGCCCUUCCUCACAAUGUUAAGGUUGGUAACUUGCGAAAAUCACAGGACCAGGACAUGCAUGGUCCACUAUCUUCUGUAACUCCUCGCACUGAUGUUACUCUUAAAACUAAGAAGGCACCCCAAUCUAAAGUUUCUUUAGCCAGUGAAACGUCAGCGAAGUCAACCACAAAUAGUCUUUCAGCUGCAUCUGUGAAGACUGGAAUCAUCCCCAACAAAUCAACUGCCAGUAGUCUUCCUGCUACAAGUUGUCUGGAUGGAAGGAGUCUUCCAUCUCAAUCAGUGGUUCGGCCUGCUAGGUCAGGUGGUCCUUCCCCUACCACAUCAAUACCUCAAAGAAAGGCUGGUCAACCACAAAGGGGUUCUACUCAACCAGUUUCCUCUAAUGUGAACAAUGCCUCAGUUUUGAGCUCAAAUACCACCAAUAAGAAUGCCUUGAAUCCAAUUGAAAACCUUUUAAACUCAUUAGUCGCAAAAGGUUUGAUAUCAGCAAAAACAAAGUCAGCAACUAUAGUACCAAGUGACCUGUUGGUGCGAUCAGAGGACCAAACUGAAAACAUUGCCACCAGUAGUUCUUUGCUAGUUCCUUCAGUUACAAGUUCUGCAGUUGUCCCGGAACUAUCUUCCAGAGAUGAUGUAGAUGAUGCUGCAAAAGCAUCUCAAUCAACUAGCGUAGAAGUUAAAGAUCUUAUUGGCUUUGAUUUUAAACCUGAUGUAAUUCGAGAAAUGCAUCCACAUGUGAUCAGGGAAUUAUUGGAUGAUCUCCCGCAUCAUUGCAGAAUUUGUGGUGUUAGGCUUAAACAGCAAGAACAGUUUAAUAGACAUUUGGAGUGGCAUGCCACAAGAGAGAAAGAACAAAAUGGUCUAAUUUUGGCAUCAAGAAGAUGGUAUGCAAACUCAAAUGACUGGAUUGCUUGCAAGUCUGAAUAUCAAUCAGAGAAUGAGUCUACUGAUUCUGUAGAUGUACAUGACAAAAAGACCGACGGUAGUCAAUGGGAUACUAUGGUUCUAGCAGAUGAAAACCAGUGCUUGUGCGUAUUUUGUGGCGAGCUAUUUGAAGAUGUGUACUGUCAGGAAAAGGACCAGUGGAUGUUCAAAGGGGGUGUUUACCUGAACAAUUCAGAUAGCAAACUUGAGAUGAAAAGUAGAAACGUAGGCCCCAUUGUUCACGCAAGAUGUUUAUCAGAGAACCCAAUGUCCAAUAUCACCAAUACAGUAAGGAGCAUGAUUAAUGCUUUACCCCUAUAGCUUUGAAGCUUUGGUGUAGUCAGAAGCUAUAAAGCGGGUUUGCGCAUUUAACGCAUCUGGGGAUAAUACGGGGCAAAGCACCAAAGCCUUUGUUCAUUCAAAUGUCGGAUAAUGCUGUGUCAUUAAAAUAACUAGGAUUUUAACACCAUCUUUCAAUUUUCUGUUGUUAAAUUCUAGUUUUUCUCUUUUUUCUUUUGGGAUUGGAAGUUCUUCAGAAUUUCUCAGUUUCAUAGACUGUAAUGGGUCAUUGUGUUCUUUUCUUGCUGACUGGUGACUUAUUUUUGGUUGUCGAUUUGGCUGAUGAGAAGUAUGUUCUUCUUGUUGGAUAGCUGAGCCUUUGUUUAACGUAGCCCUCUGGUACCUGGUUAUCAUUAGAAUUUUAAUUCUUGACAAUUUUAUAUUUUAAUUACUUAGUCUUAUUUAUUUUGUAACAAAAAAAUCCGUGCAAGGAUACUCUAUUUAUUGAAAAAUAGGCUUAUAAGCGUCAUCAAGUCAA